AUGUCAAGCACGUCGCGCAGCCAAACCUCAUCCCCCGAUAUCCUUGGCCCUCCAGGCGAUGCCGAGUAUUUGAUCUCGUCUCCAGUGAAACAAUUCUCUGGUCGUCAAAGCUGGAUGUCUCCAGCUCUUGUGAAACGCCAACAAACGCCGGCCAAGCGACCGCGCGCGAGCCUUAGCCCCGGAAAAAGCGCGCACUCGAUACGUUUCGACGAUGUUCUCCUUCCUCGUUCACCGGCGAUGAAGCUGGAUGGUCGCCAUCGCUCAAUAUCACCGGAAAAGAUACUACAGGAUGGCAAUGUUAGUCCGUGGCGCAUUCGUGUUACCCUCGAGGCCACGCAGGAUGAAGAGAACCAAGACCAAAACAGCCCUUCGCGAAAACGACGACGACCCUCGACUGUGACAACUAUGGUUCCAUUGAAGGAUGAACGAAGCCCCCUAAUGGAGAAAACACCUCCAAGGAAACGUGGUCGACCUCGGAAAUCAGAUACUCAGCCCCGGAAUGGAUCACCUUGGCCAGGAAGCCCCGGACAUACCCCUGGGCCAAACGAAGCUAGUGGUCAGAAAAGGAAGCCAGGCAGGCCGCGGAAGAGCACACCAAGACCACUGAGGCAGGAUUUAUUCGAUAUCGACAAUGCGCCAUCCCCAGAGCCUCAAUCGGAGAUGCAUAUGAGCCCGAUGGAUAUGACUGCAGAUGUUGCUGCUGAGCCUGUGCGACAAUGGAGUCCCAUAAACACCGAUGUGUUUGACGAACUCGAAAGCGACUCUUUGGGUGCGGAUGAUUUACCAGUUGCGGAUCUUCGUCCACUUCCUCCGGCCCAUAGCCAGACUUGGGAUGACAGCAAUCGUCGGGAAUAUGGUAGAGCUACAUACGACACGCCUGUCAUCGGAGAAACAGAACACCACUUCCAGGACAAUGAGGAGAGCAUACAUUCUACUCCGUCUAAGAUGCCAUCACCAACACCACGUGAAAGACUGGGCUCAUCUACUCGAUCCUCUCGGCUCGGUGGUAGCACUUCUUCACCUGGUACCUACCCAACACCCACCCCAACUUCUUCGCUGGUCGAAGGAGAGAAUCGAGCUCGGGAGAAUAAUGAACAGGUUGCAUCCCGAGAUACUGUACAGCCGCAUCCUACCACCGAUCCACUAGCCGAUCCAACUGAAGAUCAUGAGGAGUUCGAUUCUAUAAUGGAAAGCGAGGGCUUCACAAUGGUCUCAUUGGAUACCCUUCCUUCUGCUAGGCAAUAUGGUUUGGGAUCCGGAGCCAGGAAUGCUACAGAUAAUGCUGCCAAGAUCUUAAGAGACCGAGAAGACGGUCGCAUCGGGGACAAGUUGAAGCGUAGACUACCAGGAUCUAUUCGUGACCUCCGAAGCGAUACACAUAGCUCUGCGCGACCGAGUCCACUGGCACAGGUUUUCUCUCCUGGACGCGCAAGUCUCUCAAGUCAAAACUUGAACUCAUUUGACCAAAGAUCCCGGCAUUCUGCUGACCUGGUGUCGUAUCCCGAACUUCCGGAAACGAUGUCACCUGAAAAAUCACCAGAUCAUGAGCCUAGUCCACAUGUCCGCGAGGAGCCCGAUUAUUUCCUAGAUGGAGUUGAGGAAUCUGGAAGUCGAAUCUAUGAACAGGAAGAGGAGCAGGAGGAAGAAAUUGAGGAGUUGGAGAAUGAAUAUGAAGAGGAAGAUGAAGAAGAACCAGCCAUGCUGGAAUCGCCACAGUUAUCAGACAGAAGUCCGCAACAAUACAAUCCGGCAGAUCUCAGACGAACUAGAGAGUCGCAAUGGCAAAUGGAGCGCGAAAUCGUCAGUCGACAAGCAGCAAAUCCUGUGAAUUCAAACCAGGUCAUCUACGUCGAGAGCGAUGAAAAUACGCCUGAAAGCGAAAACAACGAGAAUGAAGAUUUAUUGGAGGAUUUGCCUCAUUCGGAUGCGCAGCUGAAUUACGAAGAACAACAACCAUUUGACCAGCAUUCUGUUGAUGAAGACUAUUUCAUCGAAGAACGCUUCCAUGAACAAAGUCAAGAUCGCAUGCCGCAGAAUUUAUCAGAUCCAUUACAUUCUUCUGGCCGAAGGUUUGGGGUAGAACAGGAGCAGGAGCAGGAUAAUCAUCAUGAGCAUGGGCAGCAGAUUCUGGAUGAUGACGACGAUUCUGUUGAUAUCUGGCAACAGGAACAAAACGAUGAUCGAGACGACGAGGUUGAUUCUCAGCCUGAACCUGAGCCAUAUCGCUCUGCUUAUCGAGAAACCCAUGUGCAAGAAGAGAUGGGCGUCGGCGAGGAGGAGACGGAGGAAGGAUUCGACGACAUCUGGCAGCAAGAAGCCCGAGAUCAUAGUUUCCUCUCUCAGCACUCAGAUGAUGAUGCACCGCCGCCUGUUCAAGAAAGCACUACUCCUUGGAAGAAGAUAGGUAGUGCUGCGACGCGUCAGAACAAUUUGAGCUCAUCUCCAGCCUAUGUCGCCAUUGAGCAUGAUGGGACGAAACAUUUGGAACAAACCCACAUUCAAAAGCUACGUGACCAAGAAGUCGAUCUGUCUGCUAUUCUGGGCGAGGAGGAUACACCUAAUCGGGCUCGAUAUUUCAAUGGUAGCAGCACGCCGAAGAGCAUUUUGAAACGCCGGAUCGCCGCGCCAUAUUCCUCUAUCAAUGGAUCUGGCGUCAGAUCAAUCAAGUCAGAGAAACGGGUCCGCCUACAACCUAUCUCUCAAAGUCCGGAGCCAGAUUUUCAUGCUGAAAUCAACUCGCCUCCAGUGCAUGAGAGCCCUCACGUAGGUUCAGCAUCUGGGCGGGUCGAUUACAGUGAUGCUACCCAUAGCCCUGAAGUUCACGAUACCCAAUCUCUUGGUGAACAAUCCGCGAUCACUCCAGAGCACACGCGACAUGCCCAAGAAGGAGAGCCAUCCUCCUGGUUCCGACGAAUCACUAGUCUGACCCCUCGGUGGCUUAAGGCUCCGACCAGGUCUCGGUAUGAUAGCUCCAGCGAUAUCUCUGAAGACGAGCCGGACGAUUAUCAGAGUGACCAGGAUGAGCCUGGGAACGAUGGCUCGGCACACGACAUCCGUGAAGAUCCUGAGCACGAACCCCUUCGAAGCCCAUUGAACGAAUAUUCUACGGAACAAGUGGACGAAUCGGCAGGCGCCCCGUCAAUGGGCGAAGGUCACAUGUCAUUAAUCGAGAUGGAAGAAGAUCAAUUCGCUGAGCAAGAAGAAUCUGACGACGCCAUUGAACCCGAACCUGAAGCUGUGGAUCUGGUAGAGAAUAGCCAUGAUAAGCUACAGAAACCGAGACCUCUUGCGGUGUUUGGGUACUUCUCUGAUGCUCAUUAUACACUUCUUCGGCGCGUUUACCGAAUGGCAAAGCGACAUCCUGAACGUUUCCCAUAUUUUGAUGCGCCGGGUCGUGCUGAUAUCAUCGGCGACUGGAUGUGGACCUCAGAUGGACAUCACGGGGUUCCGAUUACGGAAGUACAGUUUGCUGUUAUUGAUCGAUUUGUACAUGAACUUUCACACGCGGACAUUGAGUACGGAGGAAGUGGACAGGUUGAUUGGACUGAGGCUGACCUGCAUCGAAGACUAAUCAGUGUCAUCAUUGGUGAACAAAUCCGAGAAGAACGGAAGUCUAAGACGGCCCGAGGAAUGUCUGUGGAUACUUGGCGAUGA